AUGUCGCUGGAGGAGAACACGGAUAUGGCCCUGCUGCUGGACGCGUCGAAAUGGGAGCAAGCCCCCAACAAGACCAUCAAGUAUCCGCGUUGCAUCGACACCUAUGGUCUUACGCGUCACCAGCGUAUGUUCGUGGAACGGGACUACUUUCUGAAUUGUGCCGAGAACCCGUUUGUGCAGCAGAAUCCCGACAGUGAUGUCCGUCUCUACGCUCAAGCCUGCAAGGAUCUCGACCCCGAAUGGUACAUCUGCAUCACCGACCCCGAAUGGGUGCAAUCAACCGUCUCAACGGUGCACAUCGUCCUCGGGCUGUUCAUCGGCGCCCAGGUGGCCGUCUGCUUGUUGCUGCUGUUGUGCCCAUUGUACCGUACACUCGGAUACCAUCGCCCCACCGCGACUGCCGGACUCUAUCGCCCCGAUGGGCUGCACGAUGCCGACUGGCAUCUGCCCGACCCGCCCCGUCGUGCCUGGGUCUACACUGACGGGCGCAUGGUGAGGGAGAAGAAGAGGGAA